UAUGAAGAAAAAACUUUGGGCUCGUACUUCUGUAAACAAACGUUUGUCUGCCGCUCUGCCUCGCAUGUGAAACUUCUCCCGCUGCACACAUGUAGUUGGUAUCCUUUACUCGACUUUAAUUUUAAUAAAAAAUAACAAAAUGGAAGUUGAUGCAGAAAAAUUAAGGGAAGACCAGCAGAAGCCAGUGACUAAUUCGUUAGCAUUUUGCUGGGAUGAAUUAGUAUCCAAUCUUAUGAGGUCAUUACAAGACUUAGCUUCUUACAAAGGAGUGCCUCCGGAGGUGUGUUUGCGUCUUGGGGAUGAAGAGAUGAUGAUGCAUGGGGUUUUGCUUGCAGCACUAAGCAGUUGGUGGAGAAAACGUCUUGAUCCUCUUCUCCAGCAGGAUACCCUGAUUAUCCACAACAUAACGGUAGACAUCCAGCCAACCCAUGGAGUGCUUUACGCCACAAGAUCUCUCUUAUAUUCUGGUAGCAUGACAGUAUCAUCAUCUCUGCUAGAACAAGUUCAGAGUGUUACAAGAUCACUAAAUCUUGACAACCAUGAAUUAUCUUACUCAGUUUGUAGUAAUGGCAUGUAUUCAGUACAAUGGACAGGAUUUAAAGAGCAUUUGCUUCGAGCUUUGCAGUAUAUGUGUUGCAAUCAGCAAUGUACAGAUGUUGCAGUUGUUGUGAAUGGCCAUAUCAUUAAAGCACAUAAACUGAUACUUGGUGCAUCAAGUCCAAUACUCAACAGUGCCUUUCAAGAAGAUCGAAGGAUACGAAUAAUUCACCUGCCCGAUAUAAAAGUAAAGAUAGCUCAGAGCCUUAUCACUUACAUGUAUUUUGGCAAAACUUGUGUCCAGAAAGAUAUGUUAGUGGAUUUUCACAAAUUAUGUGAAGCUUUCCAAGUGGAGAGUUUGCAAGAGUUAACAAAGAGGUUUGCUGCAAAAGUUAAGGGCAGUAGUGAUAAGAAACCAAAGUCACAUGUCACUAUCCAUGCUCGUGUGAGACCAGAAGCUAAGGAUUUAUGGGGACGACUACAGCAAUACUAUACUGUAGGGAGGAAUGCCGAUCUUAUGCUAGUAGUGGAGAAUAAAAGAAUGCUUGCACAUAAAACUCUUUUCAGUGCAAUUUGCCCUCCCAUUCAUGAGCUAUUGCUGCAAGAACUCUCAAAUGAACAUGCUCUUGUUAUGAUAACAAGUAUGAAUCACUCAUUAUGGGAAGGUAUACUGAACAUUAUGUACAGAGGUUCUUGUACAAUUGUUGGCACAGCAAUAAGCACUGUUUUUUCUUAUAUUGACCUAUCAUUAUUUGAUAUUGAAGUUAAUGAGGUCAAACCAAUUCAAAAGUAUCAGCAGGAAGAUAAGAAUAACCCAAGCCCUACUUUGAUCAACCAAAGAUUAAGUUUGCUGGAGCAAUCCUUAGGUGUGCCAUCAUUUGAGAAUAAUAAAAAACUGAAUGUAAAGAAAAGGAAAUCACUUUCACAGUCAGAGAAAGUAAUGGGUGAAGCAAGCAGCUCAAAGCAAAUUCGAAAUGGGAAGAGAAUUAGAAGACACAAUGCAAGACUUGAAGAUCAGGACUCUAUUCACAAUAUGAUUGAGGAUAUUAAAUUAUUAAAUGAUGCAGCUACCUGUAGCAAAGAAAUCCUUAUGUCCACUGAGCCAGAGCCAAAGACAUGCAAGGAAAAGGGAAAUUCUUUGCCAUCAUCAGCCACUGAGAGCAGCAUUCUUGAACAAAAUGCUUCUUGGGAAGGAGAGGAGGAAAAAGUUUCAGAUGAAAUUUUCCCUAAAUUCAGGCGAGACAAAUCCUACAGCUGUAUGGAGUGUGGUGCUACAUUCCCAUCUCUGCUAACACUAACAGUUCAUACUCAAAGCAGUCACACUACAGAGGCCACUCUGGAAACCUGUGAGCACUGUGGCAAGUCAUAUAUACAAAUUAAAGAAAUCAGAGAACAUAAAAACACUGAUUUAGGUAAUCAACCAUUGAGCUGUGAACAGUGUGCCAAAUUCAUCAUUCAGGGAGGACUUAUGCAUCAGCAUUACAAAACAAGUGAGGAAGAAAAACAUGUAGAAGUACAUGAGAGAAGUCUUGAGUGUUUACAUUGCUCAGAAACAUUUCCUCUCAGAAAUCUUCUGGAAGACCACACUAACAUGAAACACACUGGAUUUGCUCAGCCCGACUUUCAGUCUUCAAAAAGUUUUGCAUCACUACCCAGCAUAAAAAAUCAUAUGACAAAAGAACACAGAGAUGCUUUGAAGCACAAGUGUAUAGAGUGCAAAAUUACCUUCAAGACCGAAAGUCUACUUCUUGCCCAUAUGAAGUGUCACAGAUUCAAGGUCAAACCAUAUGAGGAAAUGCCUUCCAUAUGUUCAAAAUAUGACAAACAGUUAGCAACAUCUGACCGAAUAAAAAUGCAUGAACUAAAAUGUCAAGAGAGUCAGUCUGAGCAGUUAGAUGCAGUCACCACAUCACCUAGAUCUUAUGAUAAUAUGUUUUCAGGAGGACAGGCCAAAAAUCUGAUGUCAUCACUUACUGUUACUCAGUUAAAUGAAUUGAAAGGUAUGGAGAAAAUUCACAGAAGAAGGACAAAAGACAAGACUCCUCAGAAGUAUCUGGAUAACAACAAACAAAAUUACUUUUGUCCAGAUUGUGGAGAAAGCUUUUCUGACAUCCCAUCCCUUAGUGCACAUGCUGAGGCACUAAACCAUGCCUCGGUUGAAGAAUCGUGUUGGAUAUGUGGCUUGUGUAAUGCUGCUUUCUUAAGAGAAGAUGAAUUAACAAGACAUAUGAAAGUACAUGAAAACUUCAUAGUGGACACUCAACUGCCUGCACAUUUUCAAGGUGAAGAAAUGGCAAUAUCAGAUAUUGUCCAAAAUAAAUAUCCAAAUAGAAUUGUGCAAGUCUCCACAUUCCCCCAUAAUCAGGAUACUAUUAUAGGCAGUCAUAGACCUCAGUCAGUUGAGAAUGAAAAUGUCUCAGGAUUACAUAUUUAUCAUUAUUAGAGGAGACAAUACAUAAGGUCUGAUUGGUGCUUCACAUAUAGAUAAGUCUGAUCUUUAGAAGAAUGAUUAGAAAAAGUGUGUCUCAAGCCACAAUAUACCAGUACAACCAUCCUAACAAAAGCACAUGUUGCCUCUUAGAAUUUAGCAGGUGGUUUGUUUACUGUAAUUAUUAAGUAAGAGUGCUGUACUAUUUUUCAUCAGUAAUGUUGUGCAUGCCAAAGAAAUGAAAGUUGUAACUGCUGUGAUACCUAUGUGAAAUUUGUAAUAGCAAAACAAAAUAAAUUAUUCAGAUAUUUAAGUGAAACAACUAUAUGCAGUAUGUGUACUUUUUUCCUUUUUUAAAGAUCACCUGUAGCCAGAAGAAUAACAACUUUUAUUUAUUUUUCAGUUUAGAUAACUAUUGCCUGAAAUUAAAUGAUUAGAUGAUUAUGCAUGGAAUGAAAUACAGUAUUAUUUCUUGUGUUUCAUAAUUACAUUUCCACUUUCACUUUAUAUGUUUAUUCAGUUGGGUUAUUACUUUAUUUGAUGCAUAGUUAUGUUAUAUGAUAAUACACAUUAUGACUUUGAUUUAUGUCAGUGAUUGUGGAGAACAAACCAUAGGGGCUUAAUAUUUUUAUGACUUUGAAAUG